AUGCGACACCAGCACAACCUCUCGGAUCGUCUCACGGUUGAGGUUGACUGUUCUUCCCUAGGCUCCAACGAGUGCCCGUCUAUGACCUCGAGCUUUUCGCCUCUCGAAUCGCCCACACCUACUCCGACCAGCUUAUACAGCCACGGUUCCUUGGAAUCUCCCCGUUGGCACGAAGCGGGAUCACUUCCCAGCAGCUACGAACGUCAUAACACCGGGGCUCCCCCGAUGCGGAGCGCCUUUCGCCUGGCCGGCAUGGCUUCAACGGAGAGCUUGGGAUUGCCUUAUGGCAACGUGGAAACGCAGGAGCGGAUGCCCAUGAGUGACUUCCUCUCUGGGUAUGACGAGAAUAUUGAACAAUUGUGGAUGCCGUCGGAUGCCCCGAAGUCCUAUGAGCAUGUCACUCAAGGGCUCGCGUACCCUCACAACAUGCAUCAGUACCCAACCAUGCCGCGAAACAACAGCAGCAACAACAACAGCAACAACUACCGUCAUCAGCCGGCAGCUUAUCUUCCAGAGUCCACAACAAACCCAUGCUUGUCAAGGUCAAUAUUCCAUCAACCCGAGCGUGUUCCUACCUCGAUGUCCAUGGGCAACAUGAUGCCUUGGAUGCCCAUGGCCGACUCAAUUGCGCCGCAGACCAUUGCGCCAUCACAAGUUGCCCCAGUCACUCCGCCCCCAUCGUACACAGACUUUCCGACCUCUCUUAGUGCAUUCAAACAACACAGCCCCGCCACGCCAGUCCGGUCCUGCUCCCUUGGGACAGGUUCCGGGGCAGAUACCCCAAUGAGCCGCCUGUCAGGUGGGGCCUGCGAGUACAUGGACGAAUUCCAGCCGUCUCCAGUGUACCGGGACGGGUUUCGGGGGCCCCACCGUAUGGGGUCUAGAAAGACGCUCAGACGGCAGACCUCCAAGCAGAACUUGAUGCUCGAGAACCUUCCUCCGAUCAUCAAGCAGGUCCAAUUCAAGUGCAAAGAGCCUGGCUGCAAUGGACGAUUCAAGCGUCAGGAGCACUUGAAGAGACACAUGAAGAGCCAUUCAAAGGAGAAGCCUCAUGUCUGCUGGGUCCCCGGCUGCCACCGCGCCUUCUCACGGAGCGACAACCUGAAUGCCCACUAUACCAAAACACAUAGCAAGCGGGGCGGCCGUAACCGAUACGUCGCAACAUUGGACGAAAACAGCCCUGACUAUGAUCCCGACUUCCGUGGACAGCUGACGCCAGAUGGACGUCCGGUCUACGGGUCCAAGCUCGAAGACGCCAUUCCGGGCGCUGGAGACAUGGGCCUGGACGCGUGGGACGAGUGA